AUGGGGGGCAAAACUGGAAACAAGGCUGGGUACUUCGACAAGCUGAAGGGCUUGUUGGAGGAGUACAAGUCCAUCUUCAUCGUCACCGUCGACAAUGUCUCGUCGCAGCAGAUGCACGAGAUUCGUCAGGCGCUCCGCGGCGACGGUGUUGUCCUGAUGGGCAAGAACACCAUGGUCCGCCGUGCGCUCAAGACCUUCCUUGCCGACGCCCCCGAGUACGAGCGUCUUCUGCCGUUCGUCAAGGGCAACAUCGGUUUCGUCUUCACCAACGGUGACCUCAAGAGCAUCCGUGACAAGAUUCUGGAGAACAAGGUGGCCGCCCCCGCCCGUGCCGGUGCUGUUGCCCCUGAGGACGUGUGGGUGCCCGCCGGCAACACCGGCAUGGAACCCGGCAAGACGUCUUUCUUCCAGGCCCUCGGUGUCCCCACCAAGAUUGCCCGUGGUACCAUUGAAAUCACCACCGACCUGAAGCUCGUCGAGGCCGGUGGCAAGGUCGGCCCCUCUGAGGCGACCCUGCUCAACAUGCUCAACAUCUCCCCCUUCACCUACGGUAUGGGCAUUUCUCAGGUCUACGACCAGGGCAACACCUUCCCCGCCAGCGUUCUCGACAUCGGUGAGGAGCAGCUUCUCAAGUCGUUCUCGUCGGCCAUCACCACCAUUGCCGCCAUCUCGCUGGCCCUCAACUUCCCCACCCUGCCGUCCGUCAUCCACUCGGUUGUCAACAGCUAUAAGAAGGUCCUGGCCGUCGCUAUCGAGACCGAGAUCAGCUGGCCGGAGAUUGAGGAGCUCAAGGACCGCAUCGCCAACCCUGAAGCCUACGCCGCCGCUGCCCCGGUUGCCGCUGAGGCCGGCCCUGCCGAGACCAAGGCUGAGGAGAAGGAGGAGUCCGAGAAGGAGGACUCUGACGAGGAGGGCUUCGGUGGUCUCUUCGAUUAA